AUCUUUCAACCAGUUGCCCAACUUGACUCGAGGUGUUCUCAGCACAAACACCAAGCUGAAAGAAUUGGAUUUGUCAAACAACAGGAUUAAGCGCUUGCCCCUGGAUAUCUUUGGCAACCUCACUCAGUUGAAAAGGCUCUUUCUUUCCAGUAACAGAAUUCAGCGUUUGCCAAGGUUGAACAACCUCUCCGAGAUAGAAACAUUAUACAUGGACAACAACAACCUCGUGGCCCUGUUGCCUGAUCAGUUCCAAGGCCUAUCCAAACUAAAAGACCUGGCUGUUUAUGACAACAAUAUCAUGUAUCUGCCGCGUGGAGUUUUUAAGGACGCGAAACAGAUGAUGUCUAUGAGUUUUUAUCGAAACAAAAUCACUGAGAUAACUAAUGAACAAUUCAAAGAUGUCGCGCCGAACAUUCGAUUCUUGUACUUUCAUUACAACGACAUGCGGGAGUUACCAGAUGGUUUUUUUUCUAAUAUGAAAGAAUUAAUAACAGCGUAA